AUGCAGGCUCCCUUGGGGAAGGUUUCGGAGCCGCACGAGCCCCCAGUGGGGCCCGCUGGUGCCCACCUGGGCGGCGUGGAUGCUGCAGGAAUUGCCUUCCGCACUUAUACCUGCUGCUGUGCUUCUGUGGUCUCAGUUUUGCCACGAAGACUGUUUUCGAGGCGUUUUCGUGCAGGAAAGCUGCUUAAUUUGAUCGUCGUGGCGGCUUUCACGGCGCACUACUUGCACCGGGUGUUCAUCUACUCGCUGCGGCACUACCGCUUUCCAGAGUGCCGCCGGCGCGACACAGUGCCGCUGCUGCUGCCGUUGUCAGCUUUUAUGUUUUGCUUCGCAAACGGACUGGCGCAGAGCCUCAGCGGCUGCUACUUCAGCUACGCGCGGGAAAUGCGCGGCCUGCGCUACCUGCUUCCCCGCUGGGCGCCGCAGGAAGACAGCGACUUGGAGCUGCUGCAGAAGACCAGCCUGUGGGACACGCUGGCGCUGCUGCGUUUCGCAGCGGGGCUGGUUAUUUUCGUGUACGGAAUGGCUGUGAACAUCCUCGCAGACGAGCACUUGCUGCAGCUGAAGACAGUGCGCGCGCAGGAGGCCGCAGCGCCGCACAGCGCCGCCGCUUCCCCCAAAAACAACGAAGGAGUUGUCACUUUGAGAAGGUCUUCACGCAUUGCGGCCAAAAAGGACGGAGAUAACUUCGUCACUUUCAAGUACAACGCCCACCCGCACGGCGCAGGCCUCACUGCGUACAAGAUCCCGCGCUGGGGGUGGUUCCAGCAGGUUUCUUGUGCGAACUACUGGGGAGAAAUCUGCGAAUGGUUCGGUUUCGCAAUCAUGUGCAACUCUGUAGUUGCUUUGUCCUUCGCUGUCUUCACUCUUUUGUUCCUCGGACGCCGCGGAGUCCAAACGCACAAGUGGUACAAAACCCGAUUCGCAGGGAACUACCCAGAAAACCGCCGCGCGGUUAUUCCCUACGUACUGUAA